AGAGUAUCCGGCUCAGAGUGGCUUGUAGGAAAAUUACCACAAAUCUUGCAUACAUUGACAAAUCCAGAAACGCACACACACAUGCCACAAAUACACAUCCAACGGAACGCAGAAGCCAACGAAGAAAAACUGAUGUUGAAUGAGAGAAUUUCUCUAAUUUCGGAAAAAAAUUCGGUAUAAUUGAGAAUAGCAUAUGAAUAAGAUGGACAACCAUAUCCACAUCGGCUGUCGAACAAUGUAAAGGUAGACGAGAGAAAAAAUACAAACACAUGCACGCACAAAAACACACUCAUUCACUCGCACAGACACACACAUACACACACACACAUGCAAUCCUAUAUUAGCUUCUAUGUUAGUGAAUAGCGAGACGGAGCGAGGAAGUAUGUAUAAGACGACGCACAGUAUUAAAAUAACAAAAGAGAAAAAUCAUAUUAAAAAAAAGAGUUUUACCGUCUUCGUUUGGCAUUGAAGGCAAAAAAAUUGCACACAAGCACAGAAUAAAUGCUAACACGUUCAUCACAGCGAUUGCUAAAAGCGAGUUACAAUUCAAUCUACUGUGUAAAAUCAUUCGCGUGAAUGAAAGUUUUUGAGAAUUUCGUUGCUUUUAGAUGUGAAUUAAUUUACGUGACAAAUUAAGCCAAAAUCAAAGAGGCAACCACAACACACAAAAAAAAACAACCAAGACAGAAAACAAAGUGCAAGUUAUAAGUACAUGGUGAUUCAAAAUAAAUAGGCAAAUCGUCAGAGAAAAAAAAACGUGAAAACAGGAGUUAGUUAACUAUUGCUGCUUCUAUUUUUUUGUAUUUUGUUGGUUAUCUUAACCUUAAGUGGUAAUCUCUAAUAUCACACACAGCGCUCGUACAGUGUACGGUGUACAAUCGACGACUAAGAAGUAAAAAAGAAGCAUUUAAAGCACAAAGUAGUGAGACAAGAGAAGAGUGCGAUAAAAAAAAGUAAGGCAAAAUCAAACGAAGAGAAAAAAAGAAUCAGUGGAACUUUAGAAAAUAGCGAACCAUGCAAGGACAACAGCCAGUCAUACGGCAGGCAGAUCAACAAAUUUUACCACAAUCAACCAGCAUUAUAAUCAAGACAAUGACUGAUGGCAUACAACAAAUUACGCCAGUCGGUUUACUAGAGCUCGCCCAUCGGGAAUACCAAGCAGUGGACUAUGAAAAUGCUGAACGACACUGCAUGCAACUAUGGCGACAAGAUAGCAGCAACACGGGCGUCCUAUUGCUCCUGUCAUCCAUUCACUUCCAGUGUCGACGAUUUGAUAAAUCAGCACACUUUUCGACAUUGGCCAUCAAACAAAAUCCACUUCUAGCCGAAGCAUACAGCAACUUGGGCAAUGUGUACAAGGAACGUGGACAGUUACAAGAAGCAUUGGAAAAUUACCGGCAUGCCGUUCGUCUCAAGCCCGAUUUCAUUGAUGGCUACAUCAAUUUGGCCGCUGCUUUGGUCGCAGCACGAGAUAUGGAACAAGCUGUUCAAGCAUAUGUUACUGCAUUGCAGUACAAUCCGGAUUUAUAUUGUGUGCGCAGUGAUCUGGGAAAUUUGUUAAAAGCAUUGGGUAGAUUGGACGAGGCGAAGGCGUGCUACUUGAAGGCGAUUGAAACUCGCCCUGAUUUUGCCGUCGCCUGGAGCAACUUGGGAUGUGUAUUCAAUGCUCAAGGCGAAAUCUGGUUAGCAAUUCAUCAUUUCGAAAAGGCCGUCACAUUGGAUCCAAACUUUUUGGAUGCAUACAUCAAUUUGGGCAAUGUGUUGAAGGAGGCUCGCAUUUUUGAUCGAGCCGUAGCUGCUUAUUUACGAGCCUUGAAUUUAUCACCGAAUAAUGCUGUCGUACAUGGAAACUUGGCCUGUGUUUACUAUGAGCAAGGACUUAUUGAUCUGGCCAUCGAUACGUAUCGACGAGCCAUUGAGUUACAGCCGAAUUUCCCAGACGCAUACUGUAAUUUGGCCAACGCACUCAAAGAGAAGGGACAGGUCCAAGAAGCCGAAGAAUGUUAUAACACAGCCCUUCGAUUGUGCCCAACACAUGCGGAUUCGUUGAACAAUUUGGCAAAUAUCAAGCGCGAACAAGGAUUCAUCGAAGAAGCCACCCGUCUAUAUUUGAAGGCAUUGGAAGUGUUCCCCGAAUUUGCGGCCGCACACUCGAAUUUGGCAUCGGUGUUGCAACAACAAGGCAAAUUGAAUGAAGCACUUAUGCAUUACAAAGAAGCGAUUCGCAUUCAGCCAUCGUUUGCCGAUGCAUACUCAAACAUGGGUAACACACUGAAAGAGAUGCAAGACGUUACCGGCGCAUUACAAUGCUACACACGAGCAAUUCAGAUCAAUCCAGCUUUUGCUGAUGCACACAGCAAUUUAGCCAGCAUCCACAAGGAUUCUGGCAAUAUACCCGAAGCCAUACAAUCAUAUCGGACAGCGUUGAAAUUGAAACCCGAUUUCCCAGAUGCAUACUGUAAUUUGGCGCAUUGUUUGCAGAUCGUGUGCGAUUGGUCCGACUAUGAUAGUCGCAUGAAGAAAUUGGUCGCUAUUGUUGCCGAACAACUUGAAAAGAAUCGUUUGCCCUCGGUGCAUCCACAUCAUUCAAUGCUGUAUCCAUUGAGUCAUGAUUUCCGUAAAGCAAUUGCGGCACGUCAUGCUAAUCUGUGUUUGGAAAAAAUACACAUACUGCAUAAGCCAUCGUAUAAAUUUGGCCGUGAAUUGGGCUCAAAUCGAAUUCGCAUUGGUUAUGUGAGCAGCGAUUUUGGAAAUCAUCCCACGUCACAUUUGAUGCAAAGCGUUCCCGGCAUGCAUGAUCGAAGCCGCUUCGAAAUCUUUUGCUAUGCACUUAGCGUUGAUGAUGGAACGGCGUUCCGCAAUAAAAUCGCCAAUGAAGCGGAGCAUUUCAUUGAUUUGUCACAGGUUCCAUGCAAUGGCAAAGCGGCCGAUCGCAUCUAUGCUGAUGGAAUCCACGUGCUCGUUAAUAUGAAUGGCUACACAAAGGGUGCUCGUAAUGAGAUAUUCGCACUGCGACCAGCACCAAUUCAAGUCAUGUGGCUUGGUUAUCCUGGCACUAGCGGAGCCAGCUACAUGGACUACAUCAUAACUGAUGCAAUCACAUCUCCACUUGAAUUACAGGACCAAUACAGUGAAAAAUUGGCAUACAUGCCGUACACAUACUUCAUCGGAGAUCACAAGCAAAUGUUCCCACAUCUGAAAGAGCGACUCAUUGUCAGCGAUAAAAGUGGUAAUGGAAAUCUUGCGGACAAUGUAGCCGUUAUCAAUGCAACCGAUCUGUCGCCACUUGUUGAAAGCACAGACGUUAAAGAGAUUCGUGAAGUUAUCAUUUCACAAAAAACAGUUGAAGUGUCGAUGAAAAUCGCUGAAUUGCCAACAACGACACCAAUCGAAACAAUGAUUGCAAACCAUCAAAUUCAAACAUCGGUCAAUGGUGUCGUCCUACAAAAUGGUUUGACCACCACACAAAUCAACAACAAAGCCGCCACCGGUGAAGAAGUCCCACAGAAUAUUGUGAUAACCACCCGACAACAAUACGGUUUGCCAGACAAUGCAAUCGUUUACUGUAACUUCAAUCAAUUGUAUAAAAUCGAUCCGCUCACUUUGGAAUCGUGGGUGACAAUCUUGAAAAAUGUUCCAAACUCCGUUUUAUGGUUGCUUCGUUUCCCCGCCGUCGGCGAACCAAAUCUUCAACAGACCGCACAGAAUUUGGGACUACCCGGUGGUCGUAUCAUCUUUUCAAAUGUUGCUGCAAAGGAGGAGCAUGUCCGUCGUGGUCAAUUGGCAGAUGUUUGUUUGGACACCCCAUUAUGCAACGGUCACACAACAUCAAUGGAUGUUUUAUGGACCGGAACUCCAGUAGUUACAUUGCCUGGAGAAACACUCGCCUCACGAGUCGCUGCAUCACAAUUGAACACACUCGGAUGCCCCGAAUUGAUUGCUCGAAGUCGCCAAGAGUACGAGCAAGUUGCCAUUCGGUUAGGAAACGAUCGUGAAUACUUGCGCAGUAUGCGCCACAAAGUGUGGAAAGCCCGAGCCGAAAGCCCAUUGUUCGAUUGUAAAGAAUACGCAAAUGGUUUGGAAGGUCUAUUCCUUCGGAUGUGGGAUCGUCAUUCACGCGCUGAAACUGCUGAUCAUAUAACAGACACAACGGUAAACAAGUGAAGCGCGUGAACGGCUGAAUUGGACCACUCGACGCAAUGAAAAGCAAAACCACAACAUCUCGUUAGCCCAUAAGAUUUUAGUAUGUUAGGUUUAUUUGGUUAGAACAAUUUUCAUUUUUUUUCCCUUUCUCUUUUUCGAUUGAAACUCUUUUUUUUUCGAAAGUUAACACUUUAAAUUACUUCCAAGCAUAAUUUCGAGCUGAAAAAAGAAACAAGAACAAGAUCGAAAUUAAUUCUCAAAAAAGAGACCAUUAUAUGCUUUGACACGAAAAUAGCACCAGCAGAACAUCAAGUUGAACGCACGAGUUAUAAUUUUUGUUUAAUUUUUUUUCAAUGUAUAAAUGAAGAUCAGAUUUUUAGACUUUAAGAAUGAAACAAAAAUGUGGAAAAAAAACAGUAAACGAUAUUUAUACCAAAA